AUGAAGAGCAACAGCAGUGUGAAUCCUGUCUACUUUCAGUUCACACUGUUUAGAGAUUUUGGUCGCCUCAGAUUUCUGUUCUUUGGUCUGUGCCUGUUGAUCUACUUGACCAUAAUCUCUGCUAACACUGUCAUUAUUCUGACAAUCUGGCUGGAGAAGUCUCUGUAUCAGCCCAUGUACGUGUUUAUCUCCUUUCUGUCUUUAAACGCUGUGUAUGGAUCAGCAGGCUUCUUCCCCAGGUUUCUGAUGGACAUUCUGUCAGACACUCAUUUGAUCUCACGUCCAUUUUGUUUCAUACAGAUAUAUGUUAUUUACACCUAUGCAUCAUACGAACUAAUGAUUCUCGGCAUCAUGGCCUAUGACAGAUUUGUUGCUAUUUGCCAGCCUUUAAACUAUCACAGUAAAAUGAGUUUCAGGAUGGUGAGAAACCUUUUGGUGUUUGCUGUUCUCUACCCUGCAUGUGCUGUCGGCGUCUGUCUUUAUCUGACCAUCGGUCUUCCUUUAUGUGGAAAUAAACUGCACAGGAUUUUCUGCUCUAACUGGCCUGUGGUUCGGCUCUCCUGUGUGCUCACACCUGUGAACAACAUCGUAGGUCGGAUUCUUUCUGUGAUAACAGUCUUUUUCCCUCUGCUCUUUGUGCUGUACACCUACCUGCGUAUUCUGGUGGUUUGCAGGAGAAGCUCGGCAGCUUUCAGAGGAAAGGCGUUACAAACCUGUCUGCCUCACAUCGUGACUUUGGUGAACUAUUCGUUCUCAUUGUUCUGUGAGCUUUCACUGAGUCGACUUGAAGCUGAUGGAGUAAAUUCAUUUGUCAUAGUUGUUUUAACUUUGGAGUUUUUGAUUAUUCCCCCCAUUAAUAAUCCUCUCGUUUACGGCCUGAAUCUUCCUCAGAUCAGAGGAGUGAUUCUUAAAUCUUUUCAAAUAUGCAAAAUUAUCCCUCCUCAUAAAAACAUGCACAGACAGCAACUCAAGACGCUCGUACGCAAUAGAAAAAAAUGCUGGAACAUGGAGUCAUAAAUGUGAAUGCACAUAUAACUUGCUUGUCAUUGCGCUCCUUUUAUUACAGUAAAAUG